UUCAGUUGCCUUAGUGGACAGAUCAGAGCUGUAGUCUCUAAAAUAAUAAACGUGGUAAAACGGGAAAACAGAUUUCAAAAACGUAUACUGGUAUUCAUUGAAAUGGUGUCCCGUUUUGCAAUAUUUUCGUUAUUUCUAAUCAGUGUCAACGCAUCGUUGACAGGACCUACGAAUAUAUUACCGACAUUACCAAAUGCAAUUAUAAAAUCACAAAAUUCUCAAUGCCAACAUGAUAGUUUGAAGCUACAGUUUGAUCUGAAAAACAUGACUCUAUGGGCUCAACAAAUGUGGGAUGCAUCAGCGAAACAAGCAGUGGGUCUGUUAUCUGGAAACAGAUUCCAGUUAGGAGACUUUGACGAGUGCCUGCAGGUAGCUAAACCUAUUAAGGCCCAAUACUGUCUCGUUGAUGUCAAACUUGAUGUGCCGUCUCAAUAUUCCUAUGCCGACCCACUGGCUAGAGAAUAUGAUCCAUUAUUACCAGCUUGGCACAAGAUUUAUGUAAGAAAAUUAUUUUUUUCUCCUCUAGUGGUGAAUUACUUACUCAUCAUGGUUUUGCUAUCACUUACCAUAAUCGCAACAAUCUUCGAUUACAUAGUUUAUUCUGAACGAACAAUAUGGCAAUGGAAUCAAGAAUCAAAAUCUGCGGAUUUGAUUAUGUGUUUCUCCGGCAGACGUGCUAUGCAAAGUUUAAAAAAUAAAAAUUGCGUAGUCCGAGGAUUAGAUCUUACCCCAUUAUGUGGAACUACAACUAUAUCAAUGAUUCUUAUCAUAAUUGGCCACAGAUGGGGUUUCCGAUUACCCGGACCUUUACAAAACUACGAAGUCAAUGAACAGGUGUUCUACGAUUAUUUCAUUUCGAUAUUCACCUCUCAUAUGGACUUAUUGGUGGACACAUUUUUUGCCAUAAGUGGAGCUUUAAUGAUCUUAAUCCUACUCGAUCGCCUUGAAACUUCGUUCAUUAAUCCAUUUAAAGUAUUAGUGUUUAAAUAUUUCAGAUUAACGCCUGUUUAUGCAGUGAUAAUUUUCUUUUUUGCUACCCUUCAGUACAAAAUGGGAUCCGGUCCUCUUUGGGAAUCUUUUAUUGGAACAGAUAAAAAAAAUUGUCAACAAACGUGGUGGUUAAGCUUGUUGUACUUGAACAAUUACGUCGCAACCGAUAAAAUGUGUGGAUAUCAUACAUGGUUYAUGCCUUGUGAAUUUCACUUCACAAUAAUUGGUAUUGGACUAGGGUAUAUACUKCAUAAAAAGCCUAAAAUCGGAAUGUAUUUAACUUCCUUACUUAUGGCUAUUUCUAUUGCUAUACCAUUUGCACUCACCUAUAUUGGACAGAAAUCAGCAAAUAUUCAAUUCAACAUGGAUUUUUUUUUUACGAAUCUUAUUUCAAUCGUAAUGUUAUAUAGUUUUUAUUCACCGUUUUUUUAUUUUCAAGAUUUUAUGAAGAAUGUGCUGUCAUGGAAACCGUUUAUACCAUUGGCCAGUUUAAAUUUUAAUGCAUACAUGGUGAAUACCAUAUUACCGGUAGCCGACACGGCCAGCAGGCGGACUUCUGAYCACUUCAACAUCAGGAAUUUCAUGGCUGAUGCAAUUUCAGACACUGUUAUGUGUUUGACKGCUGGUUUAUUCCUUUAUUUAUUAGUAGAAAGACCGUUCAGGCUUCUAAUCACUCAACUAUUUGUCUCAAAAUCAAGAUCAAAUACAAAUGAAAAAAAAAAUUAUAUUUCACAAGCGAUAGAAUCGAAUCGAGAUUACGACAAAGUCCUACCAACACAUCAUCGAAUGUAAAAAUACUCAUAUUUAUAUAAUUUAUUUAUUUAUAAUUUAAUUAUUUUUGUACCAUGAAGCGUUGUUUAUUUAUUACGUAUUUUUUUUUGUAUUUUAUAAUUUGUGAAUGCGCCUAACUACCUACAUUAUGAGUUAACUUGACGAUAUUAAAUUUGACUGUAUGCCAUUUUA